ACUGCUGAGUCAUGUCUUUUCACUCCAGAGGUUUCUGCUUAUCCGGUCUCUUGAAGAAGUGAAAAAAAGAAAAGAAAAAAAAUAUUUUGGCUGGCAGCCAUUCAGUCGUUCAGCAAUCUGGUAAAACAGCUCCAACAUUGCUGUGUGUGUGUGUGUGUGUGUGUGUGAGUGUGUGGGCCGAACAGGAAGCGCAGAACAAUUAAACCCGUGUGUGUCGAAGGAGAGAGAGAGCGAGAGAGAGAGAGUAAACGUGUCGAAGUUGUUUUGGGGCGUCAGGAGCUAAAAAAAACCCCACGCACACACCAUUAUAAAUAGUGGCGUGUGAGGAGAGGAUGUGAGCCUUGGUUGAGCUGGAUAUCUAAAGACCGAGCACAUGGACGGGAAAGAAGAGCGCGCAGACGCUCGCGAGUCUUACACCAUGCUCAUGGAGCUGGACGCGAUUGCGCGCAGCCACCGCACACUGCGACGCGAGCUCUGCAUCAGCCGCCUGCUCAUUUUUUGCCUCCUGAUCACCUGCAUGGUGGUUUGUGGUGUCACCUACAUCCAACAGGUUCCUGGAAGCAAGAAUAAUGAAACCGUGCACAAGGAAAAGGCCAACGAAACAAGGACAGAAUUCCUAACCGACGGCCAAGAAAACGACAUCAUCGACGCUCAGACGCCUCUCUUGGCUUCCCUGACCCUUGAAAAGAACUUUUACUCAGUUAGCGCCAACCUGACGUGGAAGAGUUAUCAUAGGUGCUUGGACGACUUCUCUUUGACGGACUCCGGCGAGUCUCUGCUCAUACCUCAAGAUGGCAAGUACAGACUCAGCCUGCUGAUAACGUACUGGGAACAAGACCCUCAGGAAGGGCAGUCUGUGCUGACUCACUUCAUCAAUAACUAUCCCAUCGGUAACAGCAAGCCCGUGACCAUUCUGUCCGUCUACGAAACCGUUUACAAGACCAGCACCUGGUAUAAAUCCAUGUUCUCCGAAGUCAUCCAUGUUUUCAACGAGGGCGACAGAGUCAAGGUGCGGAGCGAAAACGCCAGUCUCAUUGACAGUGCUGGACAACCGUCGACGAAAAACCUUCUCACAGUCCAGUUGCUUUCUAGAUUAUAGGACUUUUAAUGAACUCUUUAGCAAGAAGAUCAAGAAGAUCGAACACACACCACACAUAUACACUAAACCAGUGGUCCUCUUCCUUGAGAUCGACCUUCCUGCGGGUUUCACCUCCACAACCAAAAGAGAACGCACCUGUUGUAGUCGAGCGAGGACUUCGGGAAGGUAGAUCUCCAGGAACAGGGUUGGUGACCACAGCACCAAACGAAUCAAAGCUAACUAACAACUCCAACGUUGCAGAGUCUGAUUAGACGGGGGGGAACAAACUGUACUGUACUUUCUUGACCUUUUUCUGUUCUCGGCCAAUAGCAGGUGCUGUUAUUGUUCCAGCCAAGUGAAUUAUUUUGUAAUAUUUUAUCAUGCCUAAUAUUGUGGGUUGAAAAAAAAAAAAAAUAUAUAUAUAUAUAUAUAUAUAUAUAUAUAUAUAUAUUUAUGGUAGGCAUGAUACCCCAGAAGAUACACUGAAGGUACACGACCAGUAACCUGAGCUAAGGUAUAAUAAGUUCCAGCAUUAAAUAUUGUUCUAUAGAGCAACACUAACAUUAUAAAAACUAAACGGUUCAUGGUGCUAAACUAAACAAGUGCCAUUUAAGCUCCAGGACAUAUAUUAAAGGGAUAUUAAUCAACACAUUAAUCCGACUUUCACAAUAAAGCUAUGUUUAUGUUGUGACAAACCGCUCGAUGGGAUGGCGUAGAAGCGGCGUUAACGCAGGAAGCGGUGUACGGCUAGGACCUGGAGCUGCAGCCUGUUCACCGUCAAAAAUACGUCCAGAGGAAUGAAGAAAAAAAAAAUCAGUUCAGUGUAGAAUUUCUGUCGCAAUCAUACGAUCGAUGUCACCAUGUGUUUCACUAGACGGCUAGCUAGCCGUUAGAUGCUAGUUUAGUCGCUAGCUUUCGAAUUCAAAUACGGUUAGCACCGACACACUGAAAAGCUGAUCGGAAAAGCGUUCGACUUCCUGCUGGUAUUUACUCACCGAAAAAUAUUUAGUAUUGUAUUCUAGUAAAAAAAAAAAAAAAAAAAAAAAAAAAAGUUUUAAGCUGACGUGAGGCGACGACGUAAUCGUGACUUGGUGAACGAGACGUCUUUUUUUCAACGUGACGUACCCACUGCGAGUCAAAAGAACCAAAUCAGGGACGAUUUCAAUCUCUUUUAUUUUUUUAUUUAAUUUGAAACGUCGCAUUUUGUAUUUCAGUCGCUCCAGGGUUGUAGAGAUGAACGCAACGUCAAGCAGACUCCGUGAUAUUCAGAGAAUCCUGCGGGGGGGGGGGGGGUUUGUAUCAGAACUGCGGCGGAUUUUCCGCGGUUUCCGGCCGAGACGCGUCCUGUGGCGUGAUCGCGACGCGCAUCCGAACACGAGUACCGCUAAAAGGUCUCGUUCACCGACAAACAUCGCCGCGGAAGACCACGUCAAACAACUUCGCCGAUUCGACUAGUUUUCUGCACAAAAACAAACCGAAAGAGAUCUUUUUUUUCCCCCUUGCGUAUCGCCAACAUUAUUCACGGUAAACGUUCGACGCCAUUUUCCACGCUAGUGACAGAUAUGCUCAAAUCAAAACAUCGUCCACGUAUUUAUGAAUAAACAUCAGAAAGCUGAUCGGUACGCCGUUCGACCGCCUGCUAAUAUAAACAUUUCCUCGCCAUAAAAAACGUUUUUUUUUUUCGUUAAAAUAAACAUUCUGCAUCUUUUGCUACAUUCGAUCCCGCCUCCUGCGGUCAUGUGAAAAAUUUACUCUCUGUAAAAUAUGUGAUAAGUGGAAUAAGUACUAUAUAUAUCCAUAAUAUAUAAUCCAGAGUAUACGAUAUAAGAUCUUUAUAUAAUAAAGCUUUACAAACCUUUUUUUUUUUUAAAUAUAUAUCUCUUUGCGUUAUUGUAUAUUUAUGCAAGUUCCAUUUCUAUAGUUCUCCCACUGUUUUUAUAUAUAUAUAUAUAUCUCAUCUUACCAGUACAUAUGUCUGAAUACGAUCGAAUGUUUUUCUUAAUUUUUUAUUUUAUUUUGUUGUUGUUGUUGUUUUGUUUUACUGUCCUGAGAGAAAUUUGCAAUACUGUUUAAAAACACAAACAUUUAUUAUUCUGUAUUUUAUUAUUAUUAUUAUUAUUAUUAUUAUUAUCAUCAUCAUCAUCAUCGCUGUGUAUACUUUUAUUUGAUCGAAGUGGACAAUUACAGUAAGCAGAAAAGGUUGUAUGCUUUCUUUUAAAUAAAAAAAAAGCAAAUAUGCUAUUUUUUUUUCCCCCUGACAAAACUAGUCGUGUGAAUCAUCAGUUCUGCGUAAAUCGCUUCAUUACCUGCCUGGUUGGACACGUGUGAAGCAUGCUCUGCAUAUUUUGUCUGUUCAUGCUUGUCACUGCGCUUUCACACAGACAUUGAGAUCAUUUUUUUAUUUUAUUUAUUUUUUUUUUUUUACAAAUGUUUUGCUGUCAGGUAAAAAAAACCGAAAAAAAUUCCACUUGACGUGCCCCGAGUACUAGAACACGUUAUAAUCUAAUAAUCCAGCUAAAUGUGUUGUGACAUGUCUAUAUUUAAUCGUCAGAAUAGUCCUUUAGAGGAUUAACACGCAGGUAUUUUCGGACGUGACCUCAGACGUGACGACGGAAACUUAAGCGUGCGUUGCGUGAGAUGAGGUUUUUUUUUGUUUUUUUUUUAAGAAUAGGAUUAGAAAUAAUCCCAUUAAUAAAUCGCAUUUGAUUGGUACUUUCUCCGACCUAAAGGUCCCAAAAACAAAAAACGAAACAAAUUUAAAAAAAAAAAAACAAAAAAAAACGUGUAAGUGAUGUGGUUGAACAUUUUCUCUGUGAAUCUGUUCAGCGUAAAAUGACGCGACAUCGAUUCCGAAUUCAUAGCAGAAAUUCAGGCCUUGAAAAAUCCAUAAAAAAUUCAUAUCAAAUAAACAAUCAAGGUGUCGUAAUUUCAGGUAAAAAAAUAAAUAAAUAAAUA